CCACCACUCUUCUUCUACAACACCAAGGCGGAUGGAAAGACGGUCCUCGAUCUCGGCGGAGUCCUCUCAGCGUUUCACCCUCCGCAUAAUGGCAACAGAAUUAAACCAGCUCUGAAACGCUCUCAGAAAUAAACCUACAAGCAACAACUAAACUGCUGCGGAAGAAGGCUGUGAGGCUGUGUUUCUUUGGAUGUAUAAUUUUACAUUGAUGGUGAAUGAGGUGAAGUCAAGCUGGUUGUGAAGGUGCUGGACUUGUUCCCCCCUACACCCCAAGCCGGACUCAGCAUGGCGGCGGGAGUAGCGGCAUGGCUUCCCUUUGCCCGGGCGGCUGCAAUAGGCUGGAUGCCCGUGGCCAACUUGCCCAUGCCCGUGGCGCCCACAGAGAAGAACAAGCGGCAAGAUGAGCUGAUCAUCCUUAAUGUCAGUGGACGGCGCUUCCAGACCUGGAGGAACACUCUGGACCGCUAUCCAGACACCCUGCUGGGCAGCUCUGAGAAGGAGUUCUUCUACAAUGAGGAGACCAAAGAGUACUUCUUCGACCGGGACCCUGACGUGUUCCGCAGCGUGCUCAACUUCUACCGCACAGGCAAGCUCCACUACCCACGCUAUGAGUGCAUCUCUUCCUACGAUGAAGAGCUAGCCUUCUUCGGCAUCAUCCCUGAGAUCAUUGGUGAUUGCUGCUAUGAAGAGUACAAGGAUAGGAAGAGGGAGAAUGCAGAGCGUCUGAUGGAUGACCAGGAGGACAACAAGGACAGCAAGCUGCCCAACAUGACCUUCAGGGAGACCAUGUGGCGGGCCUUUGAGAACCCCCAUACCUCCACCAUGGCCCUUGUCUUCUACUAUGUCACCGGCUUCUUCAUCGCCAUCUCCGUUAUCACCAAUGUGGUGGAGACAGUGCCCUGUGGCUCUGCACCGAACCAGAAGGAGGUGCCGUGUGGUGAGCGCUACACUGUGGCCUUCUUCUGCAUGGACACGGCCUGCGUCAUGAUCUUCACCGUGGAGUACCUAAUGCGCCUGUUUGCCGCACCCAGCCGCUACCGUUUCAUGAGGUCCGUCAUGAGCAUCAUCGAUGUGGUGGCCAUCUUGCCCUACUACAUCGGCCUGGUGAUGACUGACAAUGAGGACGUGAGUGGCGCUUUUGUGACGCUGCGUGUUUUCCGCGUGUUCCGUAUCUUUAAGUUCUCUCGUCACUCGCAGGGCCUGCGCAUUUUAGGCUAUACGCUGAAGAGCUGUGCAUCGGAGCUGGGCUUCCUCCUCUUCUCCCUCACCAUGGCCAUAAUCAUCUUUGCUACCGUGAUGUUCUAUGCCGAGAAGGGUUCAUCUUCCAGCAAAUUCACCAGCAUCCCAGCCUCCUUCUGGUAUACCAUCGUUACUAUGACGACGCUCGGGUACGGAGACAUGGUUCCUAAGACGAUUGCUGGGAAGAUCUUUGGCUCAAUCUGCUCUCUAAGUGGGGUGCUGGUAAUUGCCCUGCCUGUCCCUGUCAUUGUGUCCAACUUUAGCCGCAUCUAUCACCAGAACCAGAGAGCAGACAAGCGACGGGCGCAGAAGGUACAGAAAGCCCGCUUGGCCAGAAUACGAAUAUCCAAGACAGGCAGCUCCAGUGCCUUCCUCCACAGCAAGCGCAACGGCCUCUUCAACGAAGCUCUGGAGCUCACGCAACUUCCAUACAAGAUGAACUUUUCAGAUCAGAGUUCGAUUGAGGAGGAGCAGCGGCUAAGUAAGUCUACCUCUCUACUAGAGAGCCAGCACCACCACCUGCUGCACUGUCUGGAGAAAACCACUAACCACGAGUUUGUGGAUGAGCAGUGCUACCAGCAGAGCUACCUGGAGGCUGGGUUACAGACCUACCCGUCUCGAAGCCCCUCCCUCUCCAGCCAAGACGGUGUGACGGGCACAUGCUGCACCCGCCGGAGCAAGAAGCGCCACACCCCUUUACCCAAUGCCAGUGCCCAGGCACACAUGCACCCUCUGACGCACCCGCAUGCACACCAACAGGGCUUGCAGGAGCUCAGCACCAUCCACAUCCAGCCCCUCAGCACCAGCCGCUCCAGUCUGAACAUGCGCGUAGAUGAGCCAGCACCCCUCAACUGUCAGAGCGGCCAGAUCACCACGGCGAUCAUCAGCAUUCCCACACCACCAGCGACCACGCCCGAGGGUGAUGCCCAUCCGCCUGCAGGCCCCGCCCACCAGAACGUUGUGAAGGUGUCUGCACUGUGAGGGCUGGAGUGCAGGCGUGUCACCCAGAAAGAUGGAUAAAGACUCACUGAGACAGACUGAGGGACAGAGGAGGACUGGAAAUGAAAGGAGGAGAAGGCAUUCAGAGUCCUAGUCUGGCCAUGGUGGAGCCUGCCCUCUGCUGGUCAUGUACUGUAAUGACAUGGACUCCCUGUACAGACGGAGGAUGGCUUUUAGAUACAGUCUAUUCAUGUGUGUGUGUGUGUGUGUGUGUGUGUGUGUGU